AUGGAGUCUUCUACAAAUCUAAAUCCACUCCGCGAAGAUAUCUCCGAGGAAGAUAGAGAACCAGCUCCGGCGUCUGUCUUCGCUGCUCGUCCUCUUCGUCCUCCAUCUACGGAUUCGUCGGAUAAGUAUUCGCCUGUAGAAUGGACAGAGUAUUUUGACAAAGAAGACGAUAUAUCAAUCUCUGGCUCAGACGAUGUGUUUCACGUAUAUAUGGCAGGAACAGAAGGACCUGUUGUAUUUUGUCUCCAUGGAGGUGGCUACUCUGGGCUCUCUUUUUCUCUAGUGGCGAGUAAAAUCAAGGAGAAAGCACGUGUGGUUGCGAUGGACUUGAGAGGACAUGGUAAAUCGGUUACAGAGAAUGAACUAGACUUAUCGCUAGAGACAAUGAGCAAGGAUGUUUUGGCUGUGAUUAAGGAAAUGUAUGGAGACUCUCCUCCAGCUAUUGUGCUAGUUGGUCACAGUAUGGGAGGGUCGGUAGCUGUGCAAGUUGCUGCAAACAAAACAUUGCUUAGCUUGGCUGGGCUUGUCGUUGUGGAUGUUGUUGAGGGUACUGCUAUUGCUUCGCUGAUUCACAUGCAGAAAAUUCUUUCAAACAGAAUGCAACAUUUCCCCAGCAUCCAAAAAGCAAUUGAAUACAGCGUUAGAGGAGGGUCAUUAAGGAACAUUGAUUCUGCUCGUGUCUCCAUCCCCACAACUCUCAUAUAUGAUGAUUCAAAGCAGUGCUACGUUUACCGGACACGUCUAGAGAAAACAGAGCAAUAUUGGAAAGGCUGGUAUGACGGUCUUUCAGAGAAGUUCUUGUCAUCUCCUGUUCCAAAACUCUUGCUAUUAGCAGGAACUGACAGAUUGGACAAGACUCUCACAAUUGGUCAAAUGCAAGGAAAGUUUCAGAUGAUUGUGGUCAAACACACGGGACAUGCCAUACAGGAAGAUGUACCGGAGGAGUUUGCGAAUCUAGUUCUGAAUUUCGUAUCGCGUAACAGAAUUGGGCCUAAUGGUGUUGAGAUUCCAGGAAUGGGAAUGUGGAAACCUUCACAGCCUAAAACUUGA